UUAUUCUAGGUGGUGACUUGCGUGGAAGAGCGGCAGCGUGAAAGAGAGCAUGCUUCAUGAGGACUACAUGCGGCUGGAGCCGACGGCUGGAGAGGGAGGAUCGCUGCCACAUCAGCCGCGUCUGGAUCAGAUGAGCGGGGGUCACCCAGGAUUCCCUUGAAACUGCUCUCCGGGGGGAGAAACAAAUAGGAUUAGACGACAAAGAUUUCAUUCCAGCCUCGUUUACUGAAGUAAAAUCAACGCGUUCGUUUCCUCUGCUGCUGCAGCUGCUGCUGCGGCUGUUGCGUUACAGAAGCGCACACUCUGUCAUCGAUUUCUUGCCUUUUCAUUUCUCGUCUUUCAUCAAGAUGCCGAAACGGGGGAGAAAAGUGAGCGGGAUUGCGUCUGGAGCAGACCGCUUGAAAGAGCGAGACGCGUUAUAGGAGCCAAUAAGAUCUCGGAGCAGAUUCGUUGCAGCGCUUUUCGUUUCCCGAUGUUAAAUACUGCUUGCUUAAGCUCCAGGGGGGAAAAAUGGCAAUGUAUUUGAUUUGUCUCCUUUGUUUUGAUGCAUUAUAAAUUGAUAUCCGUUCGGUCGAUACACGAACGCAAAUAGACCCUGAGCUCAACAGGCGGUAAAGUAAAAGUUUUACAUGUAAUUUCUAUCGAUCGGCCUUUAUUUCAUAUCUGGCUUACAUAAAGCUGAUGUGAGGCUAUGCAUUGAAGCCAAAAGGCCAAUUCUCUGCCUCUUGGAUACGCGCCCCCGCGUGAGGUGAUUUUUCCGCUCUUGUUUUCCAGCACAACAGAGAACUUUGCGCGGCUUGUUUUCUCAGUUGUCCCCUUGCUUGAUAUUUCCUCCAAAAAUAUCAAGGACAGCAGCCGACGGUCUGUCAAAACUCCGGUGAGCGAGGCUCUAUGAAGAUCGCGACACAGUUGUUGCUUUCCCCUCGCAGAAAUGCCAGUGCGCGCCGUGACCACCAGGUUCAUGUACAAGGGGCUUUGCACUAUUCCAGAUGUCCUCUCCUACCGGACCCCUGUUCACCUGCCCGAGGACGAGGUGGAAGAGAUUCGGGAGGCUUUCAAGGUAUUUGACAGAGACGGGAAUGGCUUUAUCUCAAAGCAGGAGUUGGGAAUGGCCAUGCGCUCGCUGGGCUACAUGCCGAAUGAGGUGGAGCUGGAGGUUAUCAUCCAAAGACUUGACAUGGACGGUGACGGCCAGGUCGGCUUUGAGGAAUUUGUCACAUUGCUUGGUCCUAAGCUCUCUGCUGCUGGAAUGCCCGAUAAAUUUCACGGAGCAGACUUUGACUCCGUGUUUUGGAAGUGUGACAUGCAAAAACUGACAGUGGAUGAGCUGAAAAGACUGCUGUACGACACGUUCCGUGACCAUCUCACCAUGAAAGAUAUUGAGAACAUCAUCAUGACUGAGGAAAACCACCUGAACAGCCCAGAGUCUCACGUGGAUAUUGAUACAAGCCCAACACAGCAGGAAAAACACACAUGUGUGCGUAAAAGCCUGAUUUGUGCCUUCGCGAUUGCAUUCAUCAUCAGCGUUAUGCUCAUUGCAGCAAAUCAAAUGCUCCGCAGAGGAAUGAAGUAAAUUAAUGUUGCCAGCAGGACAAGAAAGGCUCCUAUGCUGGGAAGAGAGGAAAAUCAUGAACCAAACAAAUAAACUCUUAUUUUCUGUCGUAAUUGAUAGUCGAAAUGAUGCUUUCACAGCUUUUCUCUACAGUACAACGGAUCAAAUGAUGUCACACAGUGGUUGUGAGAGACCACUUUUCACAGCUUACCAAGAUGAAAAAGAGACAGGUAGCACAAGGGCUGAUUAGUGUUACACACAGAGCAGAAAUCAGAAUGUAAUGUUAAUAAUUUAGAGAUUCAGAGUACAAUAUGUGCUGUAAGCGUGGCCGUGGUGCAUCAAAUCCUUCAGUCCAGUUGCAAAGCAUAUGCCCAUGUUGAAUGCACCAAAUAACAAAGUACCAAUGAUAGUAAUAAAGCAAUAACAAUAUGAGCCACAUAUCAUUUCAUUUUAGGUUAAAACAAAACAUGAUUCCCCUGCAUUGGCAAUCCUGGUAAAAAUAUGUUGAAGCCAUACAUAUAUGUAUAUAUAGAUAUAGAUAUACUUUACUUUUUAAGUUGAUCAGUCUCAGACUGAAUUAGUUCCCUUGAAUUAGUUAUUCAUGACAUUAAAUAUGAUGUCAUAUAUGGGCACCCUUUGGCCCAGUUUAUACAACUUAUCUGCAAAAAUUUGAACUAUGCGGUCUUCUAAAUCAGAAAGAUGAGAGAACAUGCAAAACUUUUUUUCUUUUACAUGUCUUUACCAGGGCUGCCAACAACUGUGUAGGGUUUCAGAUCUCAGACAUGUCUGCAUAUUAUAUUGCAUCAUUUUUUUUUUGUGUACUACAAUUCCCAUUAUGAUUAAGAGAGUAAGUACCAUAGUUGAUCUAACUCUUUCUUAGUCCAAACACUAAAUCGGACAAAUAUUGGUUCCAAUGGACCAGACAAACAAAGUAAUUGAUCUUAUACUAUAAAAUGAUGCACCCAGCUUAAAUUAAUGUGUUGAUGCUCAGAUUCUACUUGUAGAGUCACCAUGAUGCUGAUAUUUGCAGUAGUUCACUAACCUGUUAUGACAGCUACUGCAUUUCAUGGUCCAUCAGGUCAUUCGUACACCUUACUGUAGACCAGUUGGAAAGUCACUUACGGCAAAUUAAAGACAAAAUGUUUUUGGGUGCACUGAGCAUUUCAGUUGGUAUGUAUGAGAUGCAAUGUGUAGGUAAGACUAUAUUAGAAAUAACGCAAGGAAGCCAGAGAGCGGAAUAAACCAGUGAACAAGCAAAGGACCAGUCUAGGAAGCACUCCUCAAAUAAGAGGGAUUAGCAGACUUGCAGACUCUGGCUGUGAUCCCGGACCACAUGCACUGUGUUCUAGUCAAUUUAUCAGACAGGGAGGGAGGGAGGGAGGGGAGAAUCACACAGUUCUUUCCUAAAGAUUGUCAGGUUUUCUGAAUGUGUAUUACAAAGCUUUAAAGCUCCCACAGAAUUUUCUUACAGCUUGAGAUUGCUUUCUGAGUCAAACAGGUGUCUUGUCCACCGGAAUGCGAACGACUGCAGUAGAGAAGAAUCAGGGUGAAGUUGGCAGCAAAUUUAUGAUUACAAACAAUCCCUCUGAGUAGUAAGAAAGAAGAGCAUAUGCAUGGAUCUGUCUGUACAGCACCCUCACUACUUAUUGCCACCACAGUAUAUUGUUUUAGCGUACUGAGAUUUUUGGAAAAUUUGAUAGAUUUAUUUCAGUGGAGGAGGUGGGGGGAGGAUCCCUUCAGGGAGAAAUAACUUUUUUUGGGGUACGACAGCAGCGUAGGAGUAGAGCACACAAUCCAUGAAAGAAGGCCUCGGUCCUGGUUCCGGGUUAGAGUCCUGUGAACUUUUGCUGCAUGUCUUCCUCCUCUCUCUCAACCCUAUUUCCAGUCAGACUAUUGUUAAAUAAUAUAACCAACAAAAAAAAAAAAUGUUUCGUUAACAGGACAGCACUUAGUCUUCCCCUAUAACAUUUCAUGAGGUUAGAGGAAAGGGAGAGAGAGGGAUUUUUUAGCUCUGCUGUUUGCAUAAUCUGUCUAGAUCUUCCAGAGUCCUUGGUUUUCUCCUUUGCUUUUUUUCUCUUCAACACACCCAACAGAUUUUCUAAAGGAUUUCAGUCUGGACACUAAGCUCAGGGUUGGUGAACCACUUGUGCAUCUUUUUUGGGCAUAUCCUUUUUUUAUUAUCAGCCUGCUGGAAGACAUUGUUUCAAACAAUGUUCGGUCUACUGGGGGAAAUUUAAAAGGUUUUUGCUUAAAUUAUUCCACUAUUUCAAAGAAAUGACGACGCAAUGAAACUGAAUCUCCAGGUCACUUUUGAGAGAAAAAGCCCCACAGCAUCACAGAUCGUCCACCAGACUUCUCAAUGUGAGGGAUUUUCUUUCCCACAUUUCGUAUCUUUUUUUAUCCCAGAUUAGUGUUUGUUACAGAAAAACUUCAAUCUUAAUGUCCUUUAACCAGAGCACACGGUUCCAUUUCAAAACGUCCGGAGAACAAGGUUUCUAGGUCCCACUUGACAAGGGGCGACGAGAUUUAAAUCCCUGAAUUCAUCCUUUGUUUCACCCCAGAAGUCAAUAUUGAUCCAAUUUGAUCAAAGCUUAGCAUCAUCUUCACAGUGCAUGAUGGGAAGACAAACGUGUGUGCUUAUCUGUCAAGAGUUCCAGUUGUUUUAAACUUUGUAAUGAUUUUUUCUGAUUGUUUAUGUGGGCACGUUUGGUUGAAUAGUUGUUUUCUUGCAGCUGUUUGGCUUGCGACACACGUCCCGUACUUUUUUUGUGUUUUUCGGACUGAAAAAUGGGCCUUUGUACCAAGAUCUAGUUAUACCCCAGGGAAUCUGAAGUACUCAGACUUUUUUGAUCAACUGUAAGGAGGAAAGAAAUAAGUUUGUCAGAUUUGUGUAUGUGUGUGUGUGUGUGUGUUUGUGUGUGUGUGUG